GGUCACCAGCAUUUUCUUACAGACCAGAAGAUACUGAAGUACGAGAAGGAGAGAGUGUUGUAUUACAUUGUAGUGCUACCGGUUACCCAAGACCCACGAUUACAUGGACUAAAUCGGAUGAAAUAAUACCUAAUGGAAAAACAGAAAAGUUUAAUGUUUCACCCUCUGGCUCAUUACAAAUAUUGAAUGUAGAACGAAAUGACCAUGGUACAUAUGAAUGUCUGGCGGCUAAUGGAUUGGAUAGUAUAACAGCUGUGGCACAACUCAUUGUACUCAUUCCACCUGGCUUUGAUCGUAGACCGUCUGACCAGAUUGCAGUAGAAGGAAGAACUAUUGAGUUUAUUUGUAGAGCAUAUGGUAACCCUGAACCGGUUAUAGCAUGGACCAAGAUGGGUAAUCCUCUUCCUGAAGAUCGACGUCACACUUUACUACCGGAUGGCACACUGAGAAUUGCCAGGGUCACAAAAGAUGAUGAAGGUUCUUAUGAAUGUCAAGCUAUUAAUACAGCUGGUCACAGACAAAGUACUGCAAACUUAGAAGUAUCUAAAAGAGUGCCACCAGUGUUCUUAAUAACCCCCACUGACCUUGAUGUUGUGAGUGGAUCUGAUGUUCAGAUACCAUGUAACGCCAAUGGAUAUCCUCUACCCACCAUUACAUGGAGCAAAGAUGGUAUACAAAUCAGUGAAAGUAACAAGUUUUACAUAAAUCCUGAUGGAUUUUUGAUUAUCAGAGAUGCCGGUCGUAUUGAUCAAGGAAGAUUAUCUGCGAAUACUGAGUAUCCAGGAGACAACAUUGUAAACCAGUCAAUCAAUGAAGCCAUUGCCAAUGUGGAUAGAGCUUUCAACUCGACUAGAACCUCACUCUUUGAUAAAUCCAAGCCAAGAACACCAAGUGAUUUAUUGACGCUGUUUAAAUUUCCAACACCGGAAGCCAUUGAGAUUGCUAGAGCAGCAGAAAUAUUUGAGACUACUUUAGAAAUAAUUCAUGAAAGUGUUGAGAAUGGGAUGAGAGUUAAUCUUAGUCAUGUGGGAUAUAAAAAUUUGUUUAAUAACAUAGUGUCCCCGGAUCAUCUCGAGAUUAUUGCCAAUUUAUCUGGUUGUACAACUCAUCGCUCUGCUAUCAAUUGUUCUGAUAUGUGUUAUCAUCAAAAGUAUCGCUCUUAUGACGGUACAUGUAAUAACUUACAACAUGUCACUAGGGGGUCAGCUCUCACUGCUUUUAGCAGGAUUUUAAAACCAAUUUAUGAAAAUGGAUUCAACACCCCGGUUGGUUGGAAUCAUUCUCAGCUCUAUUACGGUGUAUCAAAACCGAGUGCAAGGCUUGUGUCGAUACAUGUGGCUGCAUCACCUCAAGUAGAAAAUGAUGAGAAAUUCACUCACAUGUUAAUGCAGUGGGGGCAAUUCACAGACCAUGAUUUGGACUUAACAGUGCUCAGUCCUAGUAAAGUACAAUUUAUCGAUGGACAGCGAUGUAACGAAACAUGUGAUAAUCAACCUCCUUGUUUUCCGAUACCUAUUCCGGAGGGUGAUCCACGGAUAGUACGCAGUACAUGUAUGGAAUUCACUAGAUCCAGCGCCGUGUGUGGCAGCGGCAGUACAUCGGUGUUUUUCAAUACAGUCAUGCCACGGGAACAAAUCAACUCAAUCACAUCGUAUAUCGAUGCAUCAAAUGUUUAUGGGAGCUCUAAAAGCCUAACCGAUGAACUACGUGACUUCGCAAGUGAAAGAGGACUUCUUAGGACUGGUAAUAUUGUUGCGUCAUCUGGCAAGCCGCUUCUCCCAUUCAACAGAAAUACACCAAUUGAUUGCUUACGGGAUGAGAAUGCUAGUCCUGUCCCUUGCUUCUUAGCUGGUGAUGCUAGAGCCAAUGAACAGUUGGGUUUGCUAUCAAUGCAUACAAUAUGGAUGAGGGAAAGUAAUCGUAUUGCCACUCAAUUAUUAAAUCUCAAUCCACAUUGGGAUGGGGAGACUCUAUUUCAGGAAUCACGUAAGAUUGUAGGUGCUCAGAUGCAGCACAUCACGUAUACACACUGGUUGCCUAAAAUCCUGGGACCACAUGGUAUGCAACUGAUGGGGGAAUACACUGGGUAUAACCCCAAUACAGAUUCUUCUAUCAUCAAUGCAUUUGCUACUGCUGCAUUCCGAUUUGGACAUGGAAUUGUAAAUCCUGUCAUCUACCGACUUAAUUCAACUUUCCAGCCAAUACCCGAAGGAAAUAUUCCACUCCAUCGUGCAUUCUUUUCGCCAUAUCGAAUUGUUGAUGAGGGCGGUAUUGAUCCGGUUCUACGAGGAUUAUUUGGUACUCCUGCAAAGGAUCUAAAUUCAGAGCAAGUUUUAAACACUGAGCUUACCGAGCAUUUAUUUGAGAUGGUACACCAUGUAGCAUUAGACCUAGCGGCUUUAAAUAUUCAACGUGGACGUGAUCAUGCUCUGCCGGGCUACAAUGAUUGGCGUGUGUAUUGUAAUAUGUCAGCGGUUAGUUCAUUCAAUGAAUUGAAAGAUGAGAUAUCUAAUGCGGACGUACGUGAUAAAUUGGAAAGAUUAUAUCACCAUCCUGGCAAUGUAGAUUUGUGGGUAGCUGGAAUGGUGGAAGACCCUCUUCCUGGUGGAAUCCUUGGACCAACGUUUACUUGUAUCAUUGCAAAACAAUUUCAAAGAACUCGAGAUGGAGACAGGUUUUGGUAUGAGAAUCCUGGUGUGUUUACGGCAGCUCAGUUAACACAAAUAAAACAGACAUCAUUGUCCAGUGUGAUCUGUGAGAAUUCAGAUCAUAUCAAUAGGAUACAAAAGGAUGUCUUCCUGAAAGCAACUUAUCCUACAGGCUAUCUUAAAUGUGAAGAAAUUACUGCUAUGGAUCUUAGAGUGUGGACUGAUUGUUGUGAAGACUGCAGCAAUAACAAUGAUUAUUCUGUAACUCAACUGUUCAGAUUUAAGAAAUCUGACAAAUUUACACCAGCUGUGGAUGAAAAUAAAAUAAAUGAUAAAGAGAAGACAGACACUCAGCAAUCAAUGGGAAAUGCAAUGGAACAUCUCACAGACAUAGUGACUGAAUUACAACAGACUGUACAAGACCUCUUAAACCAA